UACCAAAGCAAAUAUCUAUAGUCUAUCAGAUUGACGAAGCGAUAAAAGUCCGAGCGAUAAGUUUUGAUGUAAAAUUUAACUAAUAAACAUUGAUUUCGGACAUUUUGGAAUAGAGAAAUUACAAUAAUAUACAACCAACGUCUUGCACGCUUUAAUUUUCUUUCUUUAUCGUUACUUCCAUAAAGAAGCCCGAAAGAUCGAAUAUUAUAUUCACCUUUGCCGGCACAUAAAUCUGUUUGUUAAAUAAAAGCUACGAUGUUUCUCACAAUGUACACUAAAUUGAACGUUUUCAAUAGUGCAACUAUAAAGUCUAUUCGUCAGGGUGGUAAAUGGUGUCCUGUAAGACAACAAACAAUUACACUGAGCCCGAAGCAAUUAUCUCAACAGCCUAGCCGUAGUUAUAUGGGAGGAUUUGUUCGUCGAACAAAUGCGGUUGGCAGCAAUCGUGUUUGCUUGGUCCUAUUACCAAUAACUUACGUAUCAUGCUCAGUUCAUACUUCUUCCUUGAACAAUAGCACAACACAUAUGAAUAAGAAUCCCGAAAUCAUGUCCGAGGAAGCUAAAAAUGCCAACAGCAUAUACGAUUUUACCGUUAAGGACACCCACGGGGAAGACGUGUCUCUUGAAAAGUACAAGGGAAAUGUUGUACUAGUCGUUAAUAUAGCGUCGCAAUGUGGCCUUACCAAGAACAAUUACAAGAAGCUUACCGAUUUACGUGAGAAAUAUGGCGACAAAGGUCUGAAAAUUCUUAAUUUUCCUUGCAACCAAUUUGGUUCCCAAAUGCCUGAAAGUGAUGGUGAAGCUAUGGUUUGUCAUUUGAGGGAUGCCAAAGCAGAUAUUGGAGAUGUUUUCAAAAAGGUGGAUGUCAAUGGCUCUAAUGCGGCGCCCCUUUAUCAAUACUUAAAGGCUAAGCAGACAGGAACUUUGGGUAGCGCUAUCAAAUGGAACUUCACCAAAUUUUUAGUUAACAAGGAGGGUAUACCGGUAAACCGUUAUGCUCCAACAACUGACCCCAUGGACAUCGCUAAGGAUAUUGAAAAAUUGCUUUAAUAUGUAUCCCUGCAUUUAAAUUGCAGCUGGCAUUGUUUUUAUAUAGCUGUGAAGUUUUUGUGACGUGGCAGGGUCAUAUUCCCAAGAAAAAACCCCGUCUCUGUUUCAAAUAUAGUGCGAUUCGAUCGUAUGCAUUUCUUUUUACUCGUGUUGCUAUUUUAAUUACGUGCACAUUGAUUAUUUAAUUUUUGAAUCAUACUACAGUAUGCAUUAAAUUUUAUAUCAAAAUAAAAUUUUCCUUGGUAAAAGGUUAAAGAAACAA